UAGGGAUGGCAUGGCAUUCUCACCUUCUCCGGUUCAUCACUCAUGAUACCAAUAAAGGUGAAAGCCUAGAUCCCUUGCUGGAUAAAGCGUUCUGGGUUCCUCAGGACAUAGUGCUUUCUCUCUCAGGAGCCAUGAGUUUCCCAUCGCUGGCCUUCGUUAUCUGUGGGUUGCUAACUCAGGUGACUAAAGCUGGCUGGUCUCGUCCCAAAUGCUGGAAGAAUAAUUUGGGGCACUGCAGAAUCCGCUGUCUGGAUGACGAAAGGUACAUACUUCUGUGUAGGAACAAAGCAUCGUGCUGCAUUCCACGAGCACUAACAGAAGGAAAACAGCCUCCACAGCCACAACCUUCCCUGGCCAACCCAGAGGACGUAACAUUCCUGGACCCUUACUCUGUCUCAUCGAGGACCAGGUUUAAUGAUGAUCGAAAUUUUGAUGAAAAUAAGCCUGAAAAAACCACAAGAACUCCUGUGACUCCUGGUGUUAAUGUGACGUCAAAGUAUCCCAAUACUGUUGAUGUGACCAUAUCCACUCCCGGUACUGUGACCAUAUCCACUCCCGGAACUGUGACCAUAUCCACUCCCGGAACUGUGACCAUAUCCACUCCUGGUACUGUGAACACACCCACUCCUGGUACUGUGAACACACCCACUCCUGGUACUGUGAACACACCCACUCUUGGUACUGUGAACACACCCACUCCCAGUACUGCUACUGUGAAGGCAGCCUCUCCCUCUUUUGAGUCUACUGCUAUGACCACAACCUAGACCACUGGACCACUCGCUGUGACGUCUAAUACUUUAGUUAUUUGUCUCCUUUUGUGUCUGAGAGAGCUGUAAAUACUGCUCAGAAUAAUAACCAGGAGCCAGUGCUGCCACCCUUGGCUUAUAUUAGAAACUGGAUAACAAUGAGUAUGGACAUUAGUGCUGUAGCCAGGACACAAGUCAAGUGUUUCUUGGAUAUGAGAAUUCUCUUUAGCAGGCUCACGUUCCUUACCUGUGCUCUUUUGAUUCAUUAAAUUACAUAGGCUAGUUUUAGUCUCAAGUGAACAUUGGUGUGUCCAUGAUUUUCUUAUGAUUUUAAUUGUACAUAUUUAUGGACUAUCAUAUAAUGAUUCCAUACAUGUGUGUAAUGUACAAUAUGGAAUUUAAAUCAGGGUAGUUAACAUUUCCAUCUUUUUAUGUGUAUCUUGACAUGUUUGCGUAAUGUAUCAUUGCACCUGAGACACAGUGUGAUAUCUCAGAACACAAAUACAGUUUGCGCUGAUAAAAUCAGAGUAGUUCAUAGUUCCUCCAACUUAUGAUUACUUCUAUUUGGAAAGUUUGAGCUCUUGUCUUACUCACUAAUAAACUACAGACUAGGUUGCCAUACUUAGAAUCAA